CAUUCCCAGCCCACCAUCUCCCACUUACGUACCUUGGUCCCAUCCGACUCUUGGGACCGAUUAAGAAAUAAAUAGUCGUCACUUUCAACGUUCACGUCCUACGUCUUCCCGACGUGACAAUCAUUCUCUAUUUUUAACCAUCAAACUCGGAAAAGCGCCAUCCACUAACUUCAAUCCACCGUUCUAUAUGCAGAAUUCGAAAUGGGACAGUCGAUAUCCGACCAACAACCCGGCCGGCUGAGCCGCGAGGAGGUCGUUCAUCAACUUGCAAUGCGCUUCACCGAAAAGUGCUACACACCGCUCGAGCUACACUCGCUCAAGGACGUCUUCAAGAGCUUGGCCGACCAGCAAAGCGACAUUGAAUUCCUCAAGGAAGACACCAUUGCCCGCUUCCUCGAGUUGCCCGAUGCCUUCCGCGUCUCUCCCGUCCUCUUCCAGAUCAUCUCCUACAUUGGCGCGUUCCCUUUCCUCCGAGACGCCCCGGCCGUCUUGGGGCUCGACCAGAUGGUCAUGGUCAUCACCAUCAUGACGAACCGAUACAAGCGCGUCCUUGCCCGUGGUUCCAGAGACCGCACUAAGCUGUUCUUCAAGAGCAUGGCUGUAUAUGACCGGGAAUCUCUCGAACUCAGGUCGGGUGACAAGGAGACGGUCAAGGAUCCCACCCACGAACAACCUUCUUCGAGGAGAAGUCGGACUCGCAGUCGGAGUCGGAGUCACGUCCAGGGCUUUCGUGUCGACCAAGUUGGGGACGAUGACUUUGAAGGAGAAGAUGACGUUGACGAAGGCGACCUGGAGAUGUCAGCUCUUGAGCUUCUCGAUAUCCAUGAAGCCGUAAACAAGGGCGAUGCCCCGUCCCAUCUCAUGCAAGAAGCCAUGAUCCCGGCCGACAACUUCAGGAAAAUCCUCAUGCUCCUGCUUCUCACGUCCGGGCUUGAUCCGCAGGAAAGCCUAUCCACCGCCCAUUCUUCGCGCAUUGCCACAGAUCGCCACGAGCUGGAAAAGCUACGAUCAACCGCCGAAAACAUUCUCGCCAGCUUCAUCAACCCGGAAAAGUCCCCCGGCAUCCGAUACAGGGACUUCAACCGCGUGAUCCCCACCUGCUUCCCCUAUCUCUUCCAUGGAUUCCAUCCCCUGUUCGAGCACUUCCUCUUUUCCAACACACUCCGCCCUCUCCCCAGCCACAGCCACAGCCACAGCCAGCAGACAAACCCAGGCACCCAGGCCGCCCCGUCCAUCCCCCCCGUGAUACACGAACCAGUCCAGCCUCUGCUGCUGCAAGACAAAGCCGACAUCCUCGACCUCAACGUCCUGUCCCAACUCUCCCUCUUCAUCCCAGGCUCCGACCUCUUCCGCCGCCUCCGCCUCCUCUACUCGGGCAACGAAGCCGGCUUCUCCAUGCGCAGUUUCGAAACCAAAGUCUUCAACUGGCGCGCCCCCACCAUCCUCCUCGUCCGCGGCACUCGUAUAGACAGCGUACCCGACGGCGCCCAGGAAGCCGCCUUCGCCGCCUCGCUGCCCCCGCGCCGUUUCCCCCCCGGGGCUACCGGCUCCGGCUCCAGCUCCGGCUCCGGCUCCUCCUCCUCCUCCUCCUCCUCCCGCCUGACCUUCGGCCUCUACCUGGGCCAGCCCUGGCGCCACACCGCCAAGGAAUGCUUCGGCGACCCGGACUCGACGCUGCUCUUCCAGCUCGAGCCGUUCCACGACGUCUUCCCCGCCUCGCGCCUCAACCGGGACUACGUCGCCCUCACCAAGCCGCCCUCCAACCGCGCCCUCCUGUCCGUCGGGUGUCCGCAUCCGCGCCCGUCCAAGGCCUCCGCCGCGCGCCGGCGGGACACCCUGCUCUCCCUCGGCGCCGUGUCGCUCCUGCUGGACGACUCGUUUGGCCAUGCCGUCUUCAACCACGAUUACACGUCCCGCGGCGGGGCCUUCCGGCCUUCGGUCACGCGCAGGUUUGACUUCCAGGAGCGGUUCGAGGUGCAGAGCCUCGAGGUGUGGGGGUGCGGCGGCGAUGCGGAGGCGAGGGCGCAGGCGGAGCAUUGGGCUUGGGAGGCUCGCGAGGCCGAGGCGAGGAGGAAGGUGAACCUUGGCACGGGCGAUAUGGCGACUGACCGUGCCUUGUUGGAGAUGGCGGGCCUCGUCGGCGCGAAUCGGAGUGGUGGCUCCAUGGCGUGAAAUUUUUGUCCGGUGUUUUUCAUUCUUGUCUUCAUUCCAAUGUUUUUGUUCUUACUAUCCGGGGGGCGGGGUUUUCAAUGGUUUCUUUCAGUCCUUACUUGUUUUCCCGCCCCUUUUCACUGGAGUCAUGGUAGCAAUAGCGAAGUCUCGAGGGGAGCAAGCGGAAACAUCAAAUCACAAUUCACAGCAUUCAACACUCGGAUCAGGAACCGUAGUCUCGUCCUUUUCUCCUUUGGGCCUUCGUGAACGAACCCUUUG